AUGGGAAAUCUCCUCUCCAGGCUCAAAACCCUCUACUUCGGCCUUGAGUACCUCCUCGACUUGAACAAAACCCUCAACCACGUCCUCACCCGCGCCUCGGCACCUCCGGGUCUCCCCGUACCCAACCCCACCCCCUCCUACUGGCUCGAGGACCCACCCUUUCCGGACCUGGUCCACCUCCAAUCCCCCACCUUACCAUCCCGAGCCGACAUUGUCAUCAUCGGAUCCGGUAUCACCGGCGCUGCCGUCGCGCGGUCCAUCCUCCAAGAAUGCUUGCGCAAAGGGCAAACCCGGCAGAUCGUCGUGCUCGAGGCGCGCACGCUCUGCUCUGGCGCCACGGGCAGGAAUAGAGGACAUAUGAAGGCAUCGCCGCAGGAACUAUUCGCGGAUAUGAGGGGCAGGCACGGGGAGGAGAGGGCAGCGGCCACUACGCGGUUUCAGUUGGUGCACGUGGGGGUUUUGACGAGACUCUGUAGGCAGGAGGGGUGGGAGGCGGUCGAGCGUAGGGAGGUAACGACGGCGGAUUUGUUUUUGGAUGACGAGGGAAGGGAGAAGCGGAUGGAGGAGGUGGAGGAAUUGAGGAGGUGGGUGCCCGAGUUGAGGAUGGAUGUUUUGGGGGCUGAGGAGGCGAGGGAGAAAUUCGGUGUCAACGACUACGUCCAAGGCGCCAUAUCCUAUCCCACUGGCGCCCUGUGGCCGUACCGCCUCGUCUCAAGCGCGUGGAACGAUCUGCUAACCAAGUUUCUCAAGUCCAUAUCGCUUGAGAUGGUAACACCCGUCCUCUCCAUAUACCCAAGUAGCACAGAGGGAUAUGCCUACGAAGUUGUCACGACCCGCGGCACCAUCCACUGCGACCACGUCGUCCACGCCACCAACGCCUUCGCAAGCCACGUCCUCGGCCACAUGACUGCCCAGCACCCCGGUACCAGGUUCCCCAAUUUCGACGGGAGAUUGUCUUGGUCUGUAAUCUAUGAGAAGGCGUAUGAUUACGUUACACAGCGCCCAAUGACGACGUAUGGGAUGCCAGGGGAUAUCAUGUUGGGCGGGGGAUUCAACCGCGGACGGGAUCAGGGGUUGGAUCACAUAGGCCGUUGGGAUGACAGUCAGCCGAGAUGGGGGGAUGAUCGUGAAGGGUGGAGGGUAAAGAAGGCGUGGGUUGGGUGCAUUGCGUUUACGGGGGAUGGGAUGCCAUUUGUGGGGAGGUUGGACCCAGAGCUGACAGGGUGGCGUCCCGGGAGAAAAUCGACGGGGAAUGGUGUUGAGCCAGGAGAUGAGAGGGAGGAUUUGCCUGAUGCUCCCGGACGCCUUCCCGGGAAGGUGGUGGACUGGUUUCCGGCCGAAUUGAAGCCAAGUCUGGAAAGGGUGAAGAGGGCGGAUUUGAGUAAUCUGGUUAAGUAUGCUCCGUAA